UGCUGUGACCCCUGGUUCAACCUCAACAUAGUAUCAUACAGUAGCAUGAAGUGUCUGAGGGAUCGGUGAGAUGAAAAACGCCAGAAACAGCUGCGCUCUGGUGCACAGUGGGAGGAGUGUUUGCACCUGCGGACACACUCCCAGCGCUGCCUUGCUUAUCGGCACACAGCAGCUCUUUUUGGACACUCAGCAGGACGCACGGACGGAUUACCUGAGCCAUGGAUGCAGAGGAACACCCGAGAGUGCAGCUCCUAGACAUCGGCUCCAGUUCGUCCACUUCUGAGCCCCGAGACGCGGAAGAGAGCAGCCAACAGCCGGGGAAGCCUCCCUACUCCUACGUGGCUCUCAUCGCCAUGGCCAUCAAGGACAGCCAGCACAAGAGACAGACCCUGAGCGGCAUCUAUCAGUAUAUUGUGUCCAACUUCCCCUACUAUGAGCUGAACAAGAAAGGCUGGCAGAACAGCAUUCGGCACAACUUAUCUCUGAAUGAGUGCUUCGUCAAGGUGCCCCGGGAGAGUGGAGGAGACCGGAAGGGCAACUACUGGAUGCUGGACCCCGCAUUUGAGGACAUGUUCGAGAAGGGGAACUACCGGCGGAGGAGGAGGGUGAGAAGACCCUACAGACCCCCCAGCGUGCCUUACCUGCCGCCGUAUGUAAGCGGCUCCUGGAGUCUGUGCUCGCCCGGUCCGUCCCAGGCUGCCGGGUAUCCGACCACCCCGGUCAUGAGCCGGAGCGCGUCUCCCAGCGGUCCGCCGAGCUCCUACUGCCAGUCCCCGCACUUCCACCACCCUCCUUACGGCGCCUACCACCGACACCCGCCCGUCCUGGUGCCCCACAACGGAUAUCCGUACGGGGGAGUGACCCAGCCGAUGAGCCCGGAUGGAGGCACCGUGUCUGUGGCGUGUAACUACCAGCAGUUGACGUCGUUCGGCUGGCAGCCGGAGCCGCCGCUGGCUCAUCUCCUGGACCAGUACGGGCUCUGAGGUCCUGACGUCCAGCUCACAGACUCACGGUUCACCUGUUCCAGCAUUUCAGUGCAGCUGUGAUGUGUUUGUCAGGUAAAGCCGAUUAUUUUCUGAUUGGUUAAAAUAAGCUGUUGGUUUUUGUCCAAGCUCAAGAAGAGAAGCCAAAGAAUUUUCUCUCAUCACUUCUGGCGUUUUGUAUGAACUGCGAAAGGACAGUUGAUUUAAAUACGAGGCCUCUUUUGUUUGUUUUAAGUAGCCAAACCUGUGUUUUCAUUUCUUUUUUAUUAUUAUUAUUAUUUUAUAAUAGGCCCAUGCAUUUGUUCCCAUGUUAUUUAUUUCUUUUCUUGGUUUCUCUGAGCUGCUAUAGACGUUGAUGACAUUGAAGC